AUGGAACAAUUAUUUUCUAGAAGAUUUUGUCUCUUUGGAAAAUUAUAAUAUAAUUUAUCAUCUAUCAACUCUACUUUCUAUUAAAAUCUUUAAGAAUAUUUGUUGAACUCUUUUCUUCCUAAUUUUAUUUAUAUAGUUGUUAGAAUUUCUUAGUAUUAUUAUUCAUUUGAGAAGGACACAUCUCAACCAGAAUAACGUAAUGAUGGAGAUACCCUAAAAUAAACCUUAAGUAAUCUUAUAGCAAUCCAUAUGGAAGUAAACUCUCCUUCAUUCAUGGGUGUAAAAGUAUUGAAUAAAUUCUUCACGCAUAUACAAUGGCAUUAUUAUAAUAAACUAGAAUUUAUUCAAUUGUGA